CAUUGUUCGCGUAUUGUUUUCUUGAUUCAUACACUUUCAGAUACGUAAGUAGGUUAUUCCUUCGUGGAGGAAGAUCAUAGCUUGUUCUAUAUAUAUUUUUGCUUCAAUACGACAAUCUCAACUGCAGCAAAGAUACCAUCACGCGGAGUCUGACGCUGAGUUUCAUAGCUACUUUGCUCGUCAAUGCUCGUAAUAAAUCGACAACGUUUAGUCAAGCGUUUUAAAUAUAUAAUUCUGCUUGACUUUACGCACUCACAGAGACGGGGAACAUAAAACAAUUCGCAGAAUUACCAACUUAAAGCUCCUGCCAGUCAAGAACACCAGUCACUUAUAUCGCAUUAAUGACUUAGAUUUGCUAACAAGCUAAAACUCAAGCUACCUACAGAUGGUUGACAGUUUCAGUACAUAUAUAGCAGCAGAUCAAGGGUCUUGUUAAACCCAGCUAUGGUACAGGAUUGAGCAUCAAAGGCUCUCUGAAGUUUCUUUGCAUUGGCUCUCUGAAGUUUCUUUAAAGCAGGAAUUGCACAGUUGAGGCAAGAUAGGCUCUAGAAAACAUGAAGAUGAAAUUGAGAAAUACUAUAUUUGUAUUUCUUAGCAUCUUCUUUGGAGGUGAUAGGGUGCAAACGAAGCGUUUUACCGAAGACGACGGGUGCGCAUCGCGAAUGGAAAUGACAGAUAUAUUUCGAGAGGAAGGGGCAUGUAACAUGUGGACAUAUAAGUAUAAGAUGUGCAAACACAACUUUGAAGUGACAUAUGUGGAAGCAUAUCCAUAUGUUUUCCUUGAUAAUACCACUGUCCGUGGAAUUCUUCCAGACAUGCUUCGAUCUAUCAUGUCGACAUGCUGCCUUGGCUGUAACAAGCUAAAGUUCGUUGGCCCAGCUACCUACCUCACAAAGUUCCACAACAAAAAUGCUUCUAUUGUCAUGCCCAUUGAAACCUCAAAGUCAAGCACCCAGUUCUUUAGUAGGGAGUUCAUCUAUUUCUUGGAAGUCCCGGCUGUAAGUUUCUUGCUCAAGCCACAGAGACACAGUGCCAGUGAGUUGACUGCUGACUUAUUCAAGUCCGUUCUAUCAACGUGGCCGCUUUUUAUCACAGCCUUGCUCAUGGCCAUCAUUGCUGGAAUCGCAAUUUGGAUGAUGGAUACAUGGUUCAAUGUCCUUGAAUUCCCGAGGUCAUUCCUAAGAGGUCCAUUUGAAGGCUUUUGGUGGGCGUUUGUUUCCAUGACGACAGUGGGCUACGGUGAUAGAGCGCCAAAGUCAUACAUCGCAAGAAUCUUUGCUGUUAUUUGGAUUUUCCUGGGCGUGACCAUCUUCUCCAUGUAUUCAGCUGCACUCACUUCAGCAUUGACCAAAAAGGUUGUCGUCACUCGUGAUUCCCUUUCAGGGAAAAAGAUAGCAGUUGUCAACACCACUGCAGCCUCACAUGCUGCUGCCAGGAGAGAAAAUGCUGAAAUCAAAGGAUAUGGGGGUAUUGAUGAAAUCAUCCGUGCUUUAAAGAAAGGAGAAGCUGAUGGAGCUGCUUUUGACGAUAACGUUGCUAACUUUUUCUCAGCGAAAAUAAAGAAAGCCCUGCCUGACUUUGAGUUCCGUCACCGUGUCGCGAUGUCUGGUACAGCGUAUGGAAUAACAAUCAAGGAUGUUGGUUUGCCCAAAGGCUCCAUGAAGUAUUUCUUCAAGACCUUUUUUGACAACAAUGAGGACCAGAGAGAGGCAAUCAUAGCCCAAGCGAUGGCUGGUGUGAAGAAAAUCGAAAGCAAGCAGACCGAGGAAACAACCUCUGUGUUCAGCCAUGAAUCGCCAAUCUUCAUUGUCACAUUGUUCUGUCUUCUUGGUAUUGGUGGCUGUUUGUUCGUCGGUGGGUUGUUUAUCCAGUUCAUAGUGUUCCGAAAGAAGAAGAGAGCUCCAAAGCCCAAAGAUGAAAGAUAUCUGAUUGAAAUGCCGAAGACUACAAAGGGGUUUGACUUUUGCAAUGGAAAAGAAGAUAAGGAUAACGCAAUGACAAUGGAUGAAGUGGAGGCUGCGUUUGUGGAUGACGUCAAGCAAGUGUGUCGAAAAUGGCGCAAGCGUAUUGAAAGCAAAGCCAAUCACAAACCUUGCGGAGAGGCAAAGUGCAGCAAGAGAAAGGCAAGACAAAAGAGUUUUUACAGAGACUUUAAAGCUGACUAAAAUCACUUUCCAAUUAGACACAUCUUUCCUACAGUUAUUCGAGUUUAGCCAUAGCUAAAGGUCGAAAAUACAGUAAAAGCUCCUCAAAUUAGAAAUCUGUUGAACCAGACAGUUCUGUAUGGAGUUUUUCACUACCUCCCCCACAAGGAUGGAUUUUUUCCGACGAAAGGAAUUUUGGGAUUUAGAAUGAUAUGACAAUUGUUUGGACAUUAGUCAUAAGCAUUGUUACCCACAAUGCUUACCUAUCUGAGUUUUGUACAGUAUAUAAGCUUGCUCGUAUAGGUGCUAGGUAGCAGUAGAAAUGUGAUGACGUAUCAGGACCCAAUCUCUUUUUUAAAAAGCACGCUGCUCUUGUUCAGCCACUAUUAGACAACGCUAGCAAUAUAACACAAGCUAACAGCUUAAGCUUCUGAUAUUGUGUAGUUUUUUCGUGUACACUGCCAAAGUUCUUAGCCUAAUAGAAUUAUAAUUUGAAAGUGCUUUUUGUCUCUGAACUUAAACUGUACUUUUCAAUUGCAUUGUUAGUUUCAAGUGAGGUAACUAGAAAAGUGUAAUAAGGGCAUAAAGUAUGUUAUUUCUUUUUAAAGAGUAAGAUAUUGUAGUAUUGGAAA